CAAAGCACUCAGAUAGCGGCUGUGGCUUGCAGGGUUGUUAUCCCCGCUGCUGAAACGCCUGCAGUGCCGGCCCUCUGGCAGCACCAGGCAGCCUCACCGCGAGUGCGCGGGCGGUCGCCUCGAAGAAGCUCGCCUUGAGCGCCUUCUCACGCGUUGUGCCGGAGACGAGAAAAGUUGCCAGUGCGCUGCCACGGUUGUCGGCGGCGCGAGCUUCCCAACGAUAAUGACGCAUCCCGGGAACGAUGCAGCAGACCCCGGCUCUCGUCGCAACGGCCGACGCCAUCUCGGACCACACCAGCUCGGCUUCGCAUGCCUGUACAGUCGCCGCUUCGAGAAGGCUGCAUGGAAGAAGGCCGCCCUCCGAACGAAACCAGCGCGGCUGCAGGGCAAAGUCGCCAGUCUCGCGCGCCGUCGCGUCAUGUCAAAGACUCUGGCUCAGCGCGUCUUGUCCAGAAGCCCCAGCCACUCAUCCUGGUACGGCACCAGCGAGAUGGUGAUGAGCUUACGUACUCCGCGUGUUCGCCGUUCGACCUUGCCGGGUUUCUGCCGGGGUCCUCAAAGCAGCAACCCGCCCUUAGCCGAUUCCAGACAGUGUCGCAUCCGACGAGUUGCAUCAUCAUCGCUAGCGAUGCCCGGGUCAGGAGAUGCAUCGCGAGUGAUAACUCGAAUCUGUGCUACCGCGCACUAUACACCCUACACAGUGCGGCGAGAUACAAAAAAGUCCAGUACGCGUCUUUCGCUGUGCCACGUUACGAGCGAAAGAGCCGAGGGAACACCGUACCAACAAGAGCACAACAUCGGGCCACGCGGAAAGAAAAGAUUUUCCGCUCAUCACGAACUUGAUCAUCACAGCCAUCGUCAACACCAAGACUUAUCAGCUCGGCGUCUGUCCUGCUCGAAUCACCCGCCUUGCCAUUCUCGCUUAGCGGCCCAUGAGGAGUGCCCAGCACGGGCGCCAGUGGCUCACCGGAGCGAACGCUGCCUGUGGCCAGGUUCAGUUGGCAGUUGUCAAACCCUGAGGAUGUUUUCACACCGACUUCCAGCGCCUCUUAUGUAAACUGCAGUGCAAUUAAGCUCAAGUCCCACUCGCCGUUUCCCACGCCUGACCGCGGAGCCUCAGAAGGAAGCAUCCGCGACCGCGCGAGUGAUGUCGUGCAUCAAACUUGCAGCUUAGCCGGGCGUUAUUCACCGGAAGCCAUUCGCUAAUUACUCCAGCGCGCUACACGCUCUGAGAGUCUGCGAUCACAAAAUGAGGGCGCCACGUUAUUGUGCAGGAGCGCGUUGCAGUUGGGAUCGUUCGUAUUCAAUUGUUUAGCGCUGGUAGCGACUAGCUCUGAUGCAGUUGGCCGAUCCUUUGCAGUUGGUCAAGUCUAACGAGCGCCUCAGGUGACUUGGUGGCUAGUGUGCUUGUCGCCUUUCCUUCUCGAGCAGCGCCUACAGAUGAAGGAUUGCAACCUGCAGCAGUGCACCUCGUGUCGGGAGU